GCAAGGCCCGCCUCUGCCCUCCGCGUCCCGCGGUGCCUGGCUAACCGGGUGGUGCCACACUCCCGGCACCGCCGGCUGGAGAGGCGGAGGCGUGGAGGGUGGGAGUCGGGGCCGCCAGGGCGUGGCCGCUCCACGGGCCCGCCCAGCCGCCUGCGCCGCCGCGCGCCAAAGUCAAAGUGCGGGUCCCGCCGGCGCGAGCGUGACCCUGCCUCCCGAGCUCCCGGCACCGCCGCGCUCCUGCAGGUCCCUAGCCCGAGCCGUCGCGAGCAGGCAUGGCCACCCCGCCUAAGAGGUUCUGCCCUUCUCCCUCCGCCAGCUCCGAGGGGACACGCAUCAAGAAGAUCUCCAUCGAGGGCAACAUCGCUGCUGGGAAGUCCACAUUCGUGAAUAUCCUGAAACAAGUCUGUGAGGACUGGGAAGUGGUUCCUGAACCUGUUGCCAGGUGGUGCAAUGUUCAGAAUACGCAAGAUGAGUUUGAGGAAUUGACAACGUCUCAGAAAAGUGGUGGGAAUGUUCUUCAGAUGAUGUAUGAGAAACCUGAACGGUGGUCUUUCACCUUCCAAUCCUAUGCCUGUCUCAGCCGGAUCCGAGCUCAGCUUGCCGCCCUCAAUGGCAAGCUCAAAGAUGCAGAGAAACCCGUAUUAUUUUUUGAGCGAUCUGUGUAUAGUGACAGGUAUAUUUUCGCAUCUAAUUUGUAUGAAUCUGACUGCAUGAAUGAAACAGAGUGGACAAUAUAUCAGGACUGGCAUGACUGGAUGAAUAGCCAGUUUGGGCAAAGUCUUGAGCUGGAUGGAAUAAUUUAUCUUCGAGCUACUCCAGAGAAGUGCUUAAAUAGAAUAUAUUUACGGGGAAGAAACGAAGAACAAGGCAUUCCUCUUGAAUACUUAGAGAAACUUCACUAUAAACAUGAGAGCUGGCUCCUUCAUCGAACUCUGAAAACCAACUUUGAUUACCUUCAAGAGGUGCCUAUCCUCACACUGGAUGUCAAUGAAGACUUUAAAGACAAGCAUGAAAGCCUGGUUGAGAAGGUGAAAGAGUUUUUGAGUACUUUGUGAUUGAACGGAAGACUGCAGGCAACAGAAUGUCUCCAGAAGCUUCCGUCUGCGAGUCCUCGUAGCUUGAUUUCCUACGAAGGUCUUCAUAGGAGUCACGUUUUUAAACCAGUUUCGUUUUAAGGAGAACAACCUUUUCUUUGUAUAUAUAUUUUAUUUAAUAUUCAGAAUCCCCUGUAAAACGUUGUGUCCCUCCUUUACUCCCUUUCUUCCUCAACUUCCCCUCCUCAGUUUUGAGUCAGAGGUGUUCUCUCACACCAGGAAGUGUGGAGGUAGAUGUUCUCAGAAUCAGUGAAGUGACUGAGUCACUGUUAGGAAAGGCCCAGCCUUCUUUCUUCUCGGUUGUUAUCCUGAGCAGGUAGACAUGUUUUCAUUGUUAUCUCACUUCCUUAGUAUUACAUCUAGAGGGCGUACAUUUUUGUAAGUUAGCAUAGCUAUUAGAAGCUGAAAGGCGUAGUUUGGGGAAUCCCUAGAAUAGGGAUUUGUUUGAAGUGUGUGUUUUGUUUUUCAUCUUGUUCCCUUUGGUGGUGCUGGACAUUAAACCCAGGGUCUCAUUCAUGCUAGGGAACCUUUCUACAGUGAACUGUCUCAGCCCUGUAGUGUUUUUAUCAAGUACCUCUCCUUCCACUCCACUUAAAGUUGACAGUAAGACCAUGUGAUCAUCACCUCGUUGAUGUUUAUUCAUGAGUCUGUGGUGCGUUUAUAGAAAGAGGUUGAAUUCUGUUCCCAGUGUGGUAAUGGUGUAAUUACUUUAUAAAUCAUUUAAUUUUUGUGUGUUUCUUCAUCCGUGAUGAGUACUUUUUUUUCUUUCUUUUUUUUUUUUUGUGAACGUAAAUUUUGGAGAAUGGAAUAAAUCUUUUUAUAUUUAAAAGGUACCUAAGACAUUUAUUACAUGGAGUAUAAAUCUUCAUGAAAUUAGUUAUUGCUUUUCUUGGAUUACUAUAGUUUAAAUGCUUGUUUAAAUUAUGUUUUGCUUUUGUUUUUUUGUUUGUUUGUUUUUUGAGACAAAGUCUCUUUACAGCUUGAACUCCAACCACCUCUGUCUGUGCAAGCCUUGUCCCCUGGCUUUCCCCACCCCACUGGCACACGCGCGCCAGAGCACCAGAGCUGGGAUGCUGGAAUUAAAGACACGCAGCACCACACCACCACACCUGGCUCUGAUUUUCUUGAAAUUUCCUGUUUCUUUCAGUUUUUAUGUAAAAUGGUGAUAGAACAUAAUGACAAGUUUUGCAUUGGCCCUGUAUUGAUAAUUAGUCUCUCUACCUCUAUACAUGGUGAGACACAGAGGUGGAUGGUGGAGCGUUUCGGAUAUUCUGUCUGCUCCUGCCAGUCCAUCUAAGAUCGAAGUCACACACUUCUGCUGGGAGACUGUUGUGAUCACAACUUUGCUUCAUAGUUUGCUUUGUAGAGUUUUUCUAAAAUCUCUUAUACUUACAGAGAAAUAGUUAAUAAAACAAUUUUGUUUUAUAUAUAGUGUAUCAUGGAAAUGUUACAGUUUUUAGUUGAACUAGGAAAUAACUUUAACAAAUUCCCAAAGGCUUUAAGUUCCUGUUAACAGUGCAUAUAUCUCUAAACUGCUUUGGUGUUUAGCUGGGAACGUCCUGUAUAUAAUUAAAGAAGUAUUUUUAUUGUUUUUUUUUCCCAGUGUAGUCUUUUAAGUUAAUUCUGCGUUAUUUUUACCAGGUAAUUAGCCUUUCUACUUCACAUUAGGAAAAACGUGUAAUUUCUUGAAAUGAAGAAUUGCAUUUAUUUUGAAGCUAUAAUUUUCCUUUGUAAAAAUGUUACCUUUUAUUUUUGGUUUCUUAUUCAAAGAUGAUAAUUUAGUGGGUUAACUGGUACAGUAGCACUGAUCUUUGAAAAGGGGAUUCAACUUUAAAUCUGUAAUAACAAAAAAUAAAUUGUCUUGUGAUAUAUCUGACCUUUUUCUUGUUUGAUAUAAAUAAAUUUGGCACCUUAAAUGUUUGUCAAUAAAUACAUUUAAAUUUUUUGAACUAUA